AUGAGGUGUAUUCUGUCCACUCCUACUAAGACAGAUGACUGGAGGCACACUAGCCGUUUUCAAGCCUAUUACAAAUGUGGGGAUGCUGUGUGCAAAGUUGUCAUUGAUGGUGGCAGUUCCAUGAAUGUCGUAUCCAAAUUUGCUAUAUCAAGAAUGAAGCUCAAACCUGAACCACACCCACAACCAUAUAGAGUAGCUUGGGUAGAUAAGACUUCUUUACCCAUAACUGAGAGGUGUUUGGUUCCCAUCCAAAUGGGUGAUUAUUUAGAAAAGAUCUGGUGCGAUGUUCUGCCUAUGGAUGUUGCUCAUGUCUUGCUAGGGCAUCCAUGGUUAUAUGAUAUGAAUGUUACCCAUUAUGGUCGAUCAAAUACAUACAUCAUCAAGCACAAUGGCAAAUCUAUUCUUGUGAAACUAGCCAAACCAUCUAAGAAGGAUAAAUCUAAAAAGAAUUUGAAAGGGAAGGCAGAGUCAGGUUUAGUUUUAUUUGUUGUGGCCAAAGAAGAUGCUAGGGUUGCUUCUGUAGAAUCAACUAUAAAUUCACCUGAGAUUGCAACCCUAUUGAAAGAACUCCAGGAUGUGGCCCCAGAAGAAUUGCCAAGUGAAUUACCACCCUUGAGGGACAUUAAACUUGCCAUUGACUUGGUCCCGAGAUCUCAAUUGCCUAACCUCCCGCAUUAUAGGAUGAUCCCUAAGGAGCAUGCUGAAUUGCAACAAGUGGAUGAACUUUUAGAAAGAGGUUUUAUUCAUGAGAGUUUAAGUCCUUGUGCUGUUGCCAGCCUUAUUAACUCCUAA